AUGCUACUGGCAGUACUACUCCUGUUUCUAUGCGCACAAUGGGAGUACGGUAGCGCAAAGCGGACCGUAUGCAAGGACAAGGAUAUGAAUUGCCCGAACUGGGUUGCCCAAAAUUCCACGGAUUGCGACGUCGAGACCAGCCACACUUUUUUACUAUGCGAGAGAUCGUGUCAAAAAUGUGGAGGACCUGUCCCUGCUGAAUACGAUCUUAAAAAGGUCCCAAAAGAAUUGCAACAAGUCGCAUUUCUCAUCGGAAAAUGGCGAAGCGAAUUUGGCGGCAAGGCUUUUUUCCCGACGAUUCCAAGAUUUACGUACGGGGAAGAAAUGUCAGUAAAAUUAACGCAUCACAUCGUACAACCGCCCACUUUAAAUUACACAGCAUUUGCUUGGGAUGCGUCAGAUGAAAACAUUACCGAAUUACACUCUGAAAAUGGGUAUAUUGCCGCCGAGAUGCCUACAGAAAAUUCGACGCUUGUAUAUUUAACCACAGCCAUGAGCAAUGGCUUCAUGACGGUUGAAAUUGGGGAUGUGCAAGAAAACGCGGUCAAGUUCAAGCUGCGCAAGAUCGGGCGAAUUUCUUUUAGUCACGAUUCAGCUGUACGAUUGAUGUUCCGCGAAUGGACGCUGCUCGAUGAGAAUCGGUUAGAAGCUCGUUUGAUUAUGGCAACAACCGUCACGAGGAGCCUCAUGGAACAUACGUCAAUCAUUUACAAACGUGUUUAUGAUUAUAAUUCA